AGCAGUGGUCUGUACUUCUGAUAUCUUUCCUCUCUCUCAGAUUCUUAACUGUGAAUCGUUCUGAAGGGUUUAAGGCAGAUGAAUCCAUAGAAAAGUAGUCUCUAUAUUUCAACUUGAAUUCGUCGACAUCUCUGAUUAUAAUUGAAGCAGAGUUUCAGAACCUAUCUCUGAAUCGUAGGACAAAUGGCUGGACAAAUUGGUACCACUAAACCAGCAGUCUCUUUUGAGUAUGAGCUUCUUGAGGAAGACACUGAACAAGUCAGAACUGUUGUAGCUACACCAAAUCAGAUUAGCCCAUUGAUUGACCCUGCAGCAUUGAAACUAAAGCACAGGAUUGGGCGAGGACCCUUUGGUGAUGUUUGGUUAGCAACUCAUCACCAGUCCACUGAAGAAUAUGACGAGUAUCAUGAAGUGGCUGUCAAAAUGUUGCAUCCAAUCAAGGAGGAUCACAUGCAGGAAUUUUUGAAUAAAUUUGAAGAUUUGUUUUUUAGGUGCCAAGCAUUAAAGGGUGUUUGUUGGCUUCAUGGUAUCUCUAUUAAAUGUGGAAGAAUUUGCAUUGCUAUUAAGUUCUAUGAGGGAUCAGUUGGAGAUAAAAUGGCUCGUCUAAAAGGAAACAAGCUUCCUUUGCCUGAUGUUUUGAGGUAUGGGAUUGAAUUGGCUCAGGGAAUUAUGGAACUGCACUCGAAGGGAAUCCUCGUUUUGAACCUGAAGCCUUGCAACUUCCUCCUUAAUGAGCAUGACCAAGCUGUUUUGGGAGAUUUUGGGAUUCCUUUUCUACUUCUUGGAAUUCCAUUACCCAGUUCAGAUAUGGUUCUCAGAUUUGGAACUCCAAAUUAUAUGGCUCCUGAGCAAUGGCAACCAGAAGUAAGAGGCCCAAUAUCCUUUGAAGCCGAUUCAUGGGGGUUUGGAUGCAGCAUCCUGGAGAUGUUAACUGGGACUCAACCCUGGUUUGGGAGAUCAAUAGAUGAGAUUUAUCACUUAGUUGUAACAAAGCAAGAGAAACCGCAUAUUCCUACUGGUUUGCCUCCUGCAGUUGAGAAUGUUAUUAGUGGUUGCUUUGAGUAUGACUUUCGAAGUCGGCCUUUGAUGUCAGACAUUUUACAUGCGUUUAAAAGCUCUCAGAGUGCAGUCUACACCGAUGGCAGCUGGAUUGGUCUUGGAAACAGGACACUGACAGAUAAAACAGUUGUUAAUGGUUGCACUGAGUGGUUCCUCUCAAAGGAUCAUCUCCAAGUAGGUGAUACAGUGCGUUCCAGGAAGUCCUCAAACUCAUGCAAACACGAAAGCAUGCAUAUUCCAGAAGGAACAGUAGUUGGUUUGGAAACCGAUACCGACAAAGAUGGAUUCAUUUUGGUGAGAGUGCAUGGAAUCCAUGAUCCUCUGAGAGUUCACACAUCAACAGUGGAGCGGGUCACCUCUGGCUUGGCAGCAGGGGACUGGGUAAGGGUGAAGGAGGAAGACAAGAAGCACUCACCUGUGGGCAUUCUUCACUCCAUCCAGCGAGAUGGCAGUGUAGCAGUUGGCUUUAUUGGACUAGAAACUCUUUUGAAGGGAAGGUUUUCAGAGCUUCAGAUGGCUGAAUCAUACUGCGUGGGACAAUUUGUGAGGCUCAAGGCAAGUGUGUUCAGCCCCAGGUUUGAGUGGCCUCGCAAAAGGGGAGGGGAAUGGGCCACUGGGAGGAUUUCACGGGUUCUACCAAAUGGAUGCCUUGUAGUUGGCUUUCCAGGCAGACUGGUGUUCAACAAUUCGUGCAACAGCUUCUUAGCAGACCCAGCACAGGUGGAAGUGGUGUCUUUCGAAACAAGCCCUGGGGUGGUAAAGAAGUAUCAACACCUUGAGGACUUUCACUGGGCUGUUAGGCCACUUGUAAUUGCACUAGGUCUGUUUACAGCCAUGAAACUAGGCUUCUUUGUUGGCAAGAGCUUGGGGAGAGGCAGGGGGAAGAAGGGUCGGGGGACUUUGAUACAAGGUGAUGGCCAACAUUUGGAUGGCCAGACAGGGGGCAACACUGCAUGGAUUCCUUCUUCAGUGGCAAAUAUGCUUUUCAGGGAAGGAGUUGCUACGACUGCUAGGUAGUCCAGUAUUUCCUCGGGUCCUGGUUUGCAAAUUUGCUGAGGCGCUCAGAGAAUUGAUCCAGUGAACAAGUUUGCUAUUUCAAGGCCUAUGUACAAUUUUACUGUAUAUGUGGUAGGAAGCUGGAACACUGAUAGAGUGGCUACCCACCUUUAAGUACAAAAGUAUGGUUAUUUGUACAUAAAUCUAAAGACAGGUGAUUAUACAUGGUUAUUUACAGACUGGUGCUAUAACUUGUAUGUGGUUGCUGUAUAUUCUUUCUCUGAAGGAUCUGCACACCCUUGUAACAAAGAAACUAAUCAAUUUCUAUGAACAAGUUGUGGUUGAAGGUUGACGGCAGAUUCUAUA